AUUAGUGAUGACGAGCCAGGUUAUGACCUAGAUUUAUUUUGUAUACCUAAUCAUUAUGCUGAGGAUUUGGAAAAGGUGUUUAUUCCUCAUGGACUAAUCAUGGACAGGACUGAACGGCUGGCUUGAGAUGUGAUGGAGGAGACGGGAGGCCGUCACAUCGUGGCCCUCUGUGUGCUCAAGGGGGGCUAUAAAUUCUUUGCUCACCUGCUGGAUUACAUCAAAGCGCUGAACAGAAAUAGUGAUAGAUCCAUUCCUAUGACUGUAGAUUUUAUCAGACUGAAGAGCUACUGUAGUGACCGGUCAACAGGCGCCUUAAAAGUAAUUGGUGGAGAUGAUCUCUCAACUUUGACUGGAAAGACUGUCAUGAUUGCUGAAGAUAUAAUUGACGCUGGUAAAACGACGCAAACCUUGCUUUCCUUGGUCAAGCGGCUUAAUCCAAAGAUGGUCAAGGUUGCGGGCUUGCUGGUGAAAAGCACCCCUCGAAGUGUUGGAUAUAGACCAGACUUUGAUGGAUUUGAAAUUCCGGACAAGUUUGUUGUAGGAUAUGCCCUUGACUAUAAUGAAUACUUCAGGGAUUUGAAUCAUGUUUGUGUUAUUAGUGAAACUGGAAAACCAAAAUACAAAGCCUAA